AUGUUCGGCACACAAAAGGUCACAAUGAUCACGGUGACAGCUGAGGAUGGUGAACCGGUUCGGGUGGUUCUCCUCAUUCCCGACUUGACAGUUCCUUACAAAUUAUUCAGUGGCAGUUCCGUCAAAGGCAAAUUCGUGCAGUCUGGCAGUGGUGAUGCGUCGACUUUCAUCUCCACCGUUAGUCUCCCCAGUGCCGAUCUUGCCAUCUAUCUUAGUUUUGUGAUAAAUAAAUCUUGUUGGCAACCUUUGAGGUCCUUGGAUGUUGAGUGCAGGCUGAAGAAGGGUGAUCAGGACCUGAAGUAUAAAUGUCGACAGUUUCCGGGUCAGAUCGUCCCCUCGGAGGCCAAAUAUGAGUCCACACCCGUCUCAGGUGCGAGCAUCUACAAUCGUGAAGGCACUGAGGUCAAGGUCACCCAACUUGGUGCAAAUGAGUGA